GUAUACUCACCAGGAUAGACUUUAAUAAAAUAAAUUGAUUAAUGUUUUUGUCACAUUUUUUUCAAUGAUCAAAGACCGUUUGAAACCGCUUUUCAAACAUGCAGGCUCUCCCCUAUAUUAAUGAUGCAGCUACGACCUCAUAUACAACCUAUGAAAGAGCUUCUUUACUGGGUUACUCUGGAGGUCAGUCAUCAUUACUAAGACGGCAAUGGACGCAACUUUUGUUAAAUUUCGGACAGCUUGAAAUGUUGGAAUCUUAUUAUAUUAUAUUUCCUAAAAUUCCAUUUUUUUUUAAAUUAAUUAUUUUAGAAAAUACAAAAACGAUAAUAAAAUAAUAAAAAAAAAUAAAAACAAUUUGUAUUAUAUUAAAAUUAUGACGCUUCAACUCAGAACAUUGGUGCUUAUUUGCAACCUGUUCGAAAUUUGGCACAGUUCCCCUAUAUAAUUUCUUGCCUUAUGUUUUCAAGAAGCGUAAACUCAGAAGCAAUAUUUAUACAUAACAAUAAUAAAUAGUAUACCGGACAUAGAAGAUUGGGCAGUAUUUUGAAAAAAAAUAGUCAGUUAAAACAGUGUUUGAUUUCUUAGCAAAGGGAAAUUAAAAAUUUAUAAUUCGUCUUUCUUUGUCGGUUUGAUUUAAUAAAACUACUAAUUUACUGACCAAAAGAGUUUAUUCGUCAAAAACUAAGUUUUACGAUAUUCAUUUUUUUUAUUUUAAACAUCCUAAUAAUAAUUUUUAAAUAAACCAAAUUUAUUGUCUUCACUGAAAGGCUAAAAAAAAACGUCUGCGAAUCAAUAAAUCGAUUUACAAUAAAAUAAAAAAAAUUCUCAGUCAUCCAAGAAAUAAAAUAUUUAUUACAGUAUUUUGUGCAAAACAUAUUCAUAUUCCAUAUUCCCAAUCGAUUGACAGAAAAAAGUCGCGUAAAAAUUCUACCGCACAGCAGUAAAAUUUGCAUAUGAUAGCAAAUUGAGAAAUUGGAGUGAUAUUUGCUGGUUUGUGAAUUGUUUUAAUUUCUCGUAUCACGGAAAAUUAGCAUAAAUUGACAUAUCGCACUUGAGGAGUGGGAGGAGCAUCUCAUGGAUCAUUAAAUAAUGAAACGGCAUAAAAAUCUCGCAAAAGUCGAAGUAAAUUUAUUCAAAUGAGCCUUAAUCAAACAAGCACGUUUAACGUACGCCUUGUACAAUAUCUAAGCAUCUUUACCGCCACUGUAAACACAGCACGAAUUAACAAUUUCUCGUACCAGGUAAAAUGUCAGAAAAAAUAAUUAAAAAAGAGAAAAAAUAGAGAGAAUGUGUGGGGAUUUAGUGAAUAAAAAAAAUGAAUGUAAUUUUUCUCCAGAUAUCUAUUACCUCGGAUUCUUUCUAGUUGAAACUGAUAAUUGAAACAAGUCCUUCGGAUUUAAUGCUAGAGAACAGGUAGAGAAAUUGACUGCAUCCAAUUGAGUAUUAAUUCCAUCAAUGAGAAUCUUACCUGAAUGAUUUCACUCUCAUUCUCACUGACUCAUUGCUAUCUCACUCUGGUCUUCAGUUCGCGGUUGAGAGUAAAACUUGGAUUUUUUUCUGCUAUUCACUCACCUGUUCCGUGUUGCGAUCGCAGGUGAUCGUUUGGCAUACACCAGUGAGUAUGACAGUGUGCAAGAAUAUCUCAUAGUGAUCGCAGAGUUUCUAUAGAGUCAGUGCCAGUGACAGGGAAAUAUCUUCAAGGAAAUGCAGGAAAAUCGGCUACGACCGAUGAAGGGUAGGGCUGAUGUCUACGGUAUGUACUUCGAUGUACAUUUUUCCCGGUUCGAGCUGGAAUGUAUCGAUCAUCUCAGAAGAUUGGUGAAAACUUACCCAUUGCUCCUGAUUCGCCUGGAUAACAAUUUCCUGGCACGAUUUCUCAACUGGAGUGGAUGGAAUGUGGACAAGGCCUUCGAUAAAAUGCUGACAUUCUACAAAUUCCGUAAGGAAAAUUCAAAAUAUACUCCCUUCGGGCCCCUCUCAGACUACGAGGCCUUCAUCAAGAGCAACUGCUUGGUAAUGCUGGACCAGAGAGAUCGCAAUGGACGUAGAAUUUACAUAUGUCGUAUAGCACGAUACUUGAUGGCGAGGAGCAUCUACGAGGUCUCCCACUUGGAUGACUUGUGGUUUGAAUGUGUUCUGGAUGAACCUGAAACACAGAAAAACGGCGUGUCAGUUAUUAUGGAUGUGAAAGGAUUGCCGCUUAGUCUCCUCAAGUGGCUUACACCGAAGCACUCGGGUGUCAUGACAAGAAAAGCCGAUGUUGCUCCUCUGGCCAUUUACUAUCACGUGGUAAACUCAUCUGGGCUCAUGAAGGUGAUCAUGCCCGUGAUCUUUCAGUUCAUGUCAUCAGAGACACGUGAGCGUGUGUUCUUUCACUACGACAAUUGGCCAUCGUUGCACAAAUUUAUCGAACCUGAGAAACUACCCUCAGAAUAUGGAGGUACGACUGAGUUGGAUUAUGAGAAUCUCAGGCGACUUCUCUAUGACCGUGAGGAUUUUUUGUUGGAAUACAUGACGCAUGGCUUCGUGGAUCCCGAGCCGGAAAAUUGGGAUCAUCAGCUCUUGGACGUGACUCGAUAGCAAUUUAUCGUUAAAUCUUCUCAUCCUCUAUGGGGGUCGUAUGGAUGUCUGGUGUUUUGCCAUACGCUUGCGCUAUGACGAUAUUUUCACAUGUUCAAAGAGCCGAGAGAGUGAGAGAAGAAAUUUUCCCACUUUUCACGAGGAUUCCCUCCUCAAUCGAUAGCCGGCAACAUGAAAAGUUACCUUCUACCAUCUCUCUCCCAAUCUUAGUGCUACUUCAGACACCAACGCCACUGCAGCUCUCUCGGGUGUUAGCCCGCGGUUUUCCUCAAUUUUCCCAUCCCAUUUGUGUGUUUUCUUCAGUUGUUCGUUCUUGACACCCACAAAAAAAUCAGUACAAGAACCUCUUAGUGAAUUUGGCAUGAGUAUUAUUCAGUGAAGUCAGUAUUUUAAUUUAGUCGAGAAAAAUAAAAUGUGAAAAAGAA